AUGACUUUGACAUUAAAGGAUAUCAAUAGUGCGGCAACGGGAUCUUUUAGUUAUAAUCAUUUUUCCAAAAUAUCCAUUUUGCAGGAAACGUAUAAAGCAGAAAGUCAUGGUAGUCCUGAUUUGAUAUUGCGUCAAAGAUUUAAGAGAACCCAUGAAAAAUCAUGUAAACGGUUUACCAGGAGUAGUGGUCGUGAUUGGUGUGAUGCUAGAGAUUUGGAUGAAAAUAAAAUGUUGGCUCAUCUUUUGAGUACGGACACGGAUAGUGUUUUAGAAUUUUCGAUUUCCUCUGAUAGGCCCCAUCAUGAUUCCGAAUUUCAACUCUUUACACCACCUAUGCUCGAAGGUAAUACUUUAUUAACUUUGGAAGAAUUGAAUGCACAAAUUGCAUUGUUGCUGGCAGAGUAUUGCCCCAGGCGUGGUACAAAUUUUCUAUCAGAGUUAACAUUGACACUAAUCACACAGGCGGUUCAAUUGAACCAGGCAUUUGCAAGGUUUAAAGAUGUUGGAAGCUCAGAUAAGAAUGUUACGACGUUUGUGCAACUCUGUAAUAAGAUCAUGCGAGAUCUAUGGCUACGAAGUCUAUCCGACUCUAUUGAGCAUAUGCAUACUAUGCUACUAAUAUUGGAGAGAUUUGAGGGACAGUAUAACAAAGUGGAGGUAAGAGGGAUUACUGAUCCCGGGAUUGGAACUGUACUUCGCAAAUGGUCACUACUGAACUAUUUCCCACCGGUUUUAAUUAAUUCACUAAAAUUCAAGGUCGAAAGUAGUACCAUUUGUGAUGAUGAUUGUAAUAUGAUUGCUAAUAGCGAGUUAUUCAAGAUCGCUUUCGUAACUUUGGCGAUUGAGUCGAGUAAAGGAUUUGCAAAGAUGAUUAAUAUUCUAAUAGAUUUACGCGCUUACGAGUCUUUUACAAACCAUAUUGUGGUGAAUUACCUCGAAUUGCUCCUGGCCUGUACCAUUGAUACUCGUGUUGGUGAAAUCAUGAUAGGUCUCGAGCAGGUCAUCAAACGCUGGAUCACCGUAAAGGAAUCAACGGAACCUUUAACGAGAACAAUAUUUCAUCAAUGGGCUCAACGAGUAAUGAUAACUUACAAGAUACAACAAGAACAGGAAAUAAGGCUUAACGGGACGCAGGAUGAAGCUGACGUAAUGUUCGAUAAGUGGGAAGUCGCAAAACUAUUUGUCAGUGAAAUCUUACAAUUUAUCCAACCCGAACCCACUAGUCAGGCAAGAAGCGACACUUUGGGAUGGCUAACAGUGUUUGAUGAGUAUUACGAUGCAGCAUCAAAUCCAAACGACUGCAUUCGGGAACCCUCGCAAUUCGAGCUAGAUUCAAUCAGUAUAAAGAGUAUUCCGCAACGCCGCACAACUGCCAAGCGAGAUGCAAUUAAGAGAUGGGCCUCAUACAGCAAGGACAAAGUUACACAGAGUUGUCACCGCAUCAAGCGUAGAUUUCAAAGAGUCUUCCACAUGCACACAAAUCAUGCUCUGAUAACAUCUGUGCGUUACUACAGUGCCCUCAAUGGCAGGAAUUACGAAUAUCACUACCCAGACGAAACACCGGGUUUCACAUCCGACCAAUGUGCCCAUGUGCAACGCCUCACCCAGAAGCUCUACAAGAGCGAGCAAAGGGGCAAGAGGAAAAGAGAUGCACUAAGAGUUAUCUUUAUGUAA